AUGUCGCGAUCUCCGCAACGAGAUCCCAGUGAAACCGAAAUGAAAUGUAAUUCGUGUAAUGUUAUAAUAAGUGAAAUGUUAGCAUUCGUGUGUAACAAAAUAGACACACUACCCGAGACAGCUAUCGUACAAAUAUGUUUGAGUGCAUUUACCGAUGCGGAUAUUGAAAGUGCCCGGCAACUUGUUUACAAGUUACUGGCACCUUCCAAGAAGAUUAUGAGAAGAAAGGAAGGUAACCAACAGAAGAGUGUGCAAGAAAUAGUAAAGAUCGUGAAAGAAUCGGACCCUGAUUGUCUACCGAUUUUCGUGGCCAAAGAUCUCAAUAAAUUGCCGCCGGUCACCUUUGACCACAUAGAUGUGACUACCUUCCUAAAGGAAAUGUUGAUACUUAAGAAAGAAGUCGCCAGCUUGCGGAGAGAAACUACAGAAGUAUCUUCGCAAGCGGCUAACGAAGAGAUGGCGUCUAUAAAGCUCGAAAUUCAACAAUUAAAAGACUUAGUUCAAAAUGCAUUGUCGACUAACGCAAGUAAAAAUACUCAAGAGUUAUCGAAAACGACAAUUAUGCCUAACAUACCUUCCAUAAAUAUAAUUGGUAAGGAGGUAGAGGAAAUAUAUUCGGAAAGUAUUGAUUUAGAUUUCGAUCGGCCGCCGAGAGAUGCAUGCGACGCGGUAGCAGCGCGGGGGCGGGAGAGGGCGCGAGACAGUGAGCGAGUGCCGUCUCCUACGUCGCGUGAAACAGCAAUUGUCGUGGGACGGGAGCAGCGAGACAUACGUAGCGGGGGGGGUGUGAUGCGCAGCGAGCAACAUAUCGCCGCCGCGCGGGAGAUAGUGCCUGCGCCCAGUGACUUGGGCGUUAUGUUAUCAGCUGAUAGGAGACCGUACACGAUGGCAGAUGCUGUUAAGAAGACUGUUAAGGAGACUAUGCGUUCUACUGGCAAAUCGACUAACGAUGAAUGGUCAACGGUACAAUAUAAACGUCGUAAAAUUAUGAAUAGGAGAGGAAUAGCGCAGCCGUUGGAACAAUUUAACUUUAAGGCUGCUGAGAGAAAAAUAUCCUUAUAUAUCUCGAGAGUACAUAAGGAUACGACCGCCAGUAAUAUAGAGGCUUUUAUUAAAUACAAGACCGACCUUGAGGUGCAAGUGUUUAAGAUAAACAAUGUAAAUAACGAGUUUAAUGCAUUUAAGGUAAUAGUUCCUUUAAGUAGUGUCGACCUGUUUCUGGACGAUAACGGCGAUCGUUUCUGGCCAGCUGACAUUGUUUUUAGGAAAUUCUGGGAACGUAAACAGAGUAUUAACAAGCAGUCAACUGUAACUGAAUCAAUGGCAAACACGGAACCUACACAGAACUAA